GCCGAGCCAGUAGCUGCAGCCCCUGGACAGGUAGGAGCCCUGAUGGAAUAAAUGGAAGGCGGAGGAAGUGCGCUAGCUACCACAGAGGAGGUUGUUGAGCUCAUUCCGUUAGAACAGUAUGUAUCACUUGGGUAUCCGGGGCUUGGAAUGAUUGGAACUAUCAGACCGACGCCGGAAGAGAAAGAAGUGGCGGAGUGGCGACCUUCUCCCGAAGAGAAGGAGUCGAGAGGACCCACUUUCGUCAUCGGCGAAAUCGAUGUUCUAAACAUCGUCCGGGCAUUGGAUCAUCGGAUUCCUCUUCCGAUCGGCCAUCUACUUUCGAUAUCAGAACAAGCUAACGAACGUAUGCUGCAGCACUGCAAAGUGAAUGGGAAACGAUUUGCCCUUGCCCGAACAGCAAACACGAAAACGAAAGGACCAGUGCCAGACGAAAAUGCCGCAGGAGUCUCCGAUCCGAUACGCAUAAGGCUAAUACAGAAAGAUGAUCACUUCCUACGAAUAAAACCUAUCCCAUGGAAAUCUGCGGAAUGCGAUAUCGAAGUAUGGGGAGUCCCGUACAAUGCAAUUAUCGAUUCGGGAGCCGCUGUUCUGGCUAUUUCGCUACGAGUAGUUGAAAGAGUAGGAAGAAAGAACGACUUAAUUAUGCUAACAGAAAAAGAUCAGCUCGUUUCCGCAGACGAAGAAAAGAUUAGAACGGCGGGACGGAUGGCCAAUGUUGCAUUUCGAUUAGGGAAGGUGCAUGCUUUGGGAGACGUCGUAGUAUUAGAUGUCAAUACUUACGACGUUCUUUUCGGCCUUCCUGCCCUGGUAGCGCUGCGAGCCAAUCUCGACUUCGAAAGACGGUCCAUUAUCCUCCGAAAUACGGGAGGGAAACCUUAUGUUGUGCCGAUGAGACUGACCCUUCGUACUACCGCUAACAUAGCCCCACGAGUUUCUCCCGCGAUGACAGGGAUCCUCCGCAUGAUUACCUGGGACAACGGGCAGACGCCCAAGGACGCAGACAACAGCGAUGAUGAUAAUGAUCCUGAAAUCCUGAAGAUGGCACGGGAACGUAUUCAUUACCCCGUGCAGCGGGAGAAUGUGGAAGCCCCAAGCAGAACUAACCAAGAUUUACAAAGAACACAGGCAAUGAUUAUGGGAGAACCUCUCGUACAGAUUUCGAGGAUGGUCGAUUCUUUGGAACCCCCUCGAACACUGUACGAAGGGAUCUCCCCUCUUCUCGCCCGAUACAACAACAAAAGGCACUACUGCGAUAUCACGGAUCUUCCGAAAUUCCUGCUGACACUUGCAAAGGAAAUUUGAUUGCUACGCUUAGGGGCAGAGAUAAAGUCUUUGGAACCCCCUGAGCGCCUCAAGAACGGACUCGGAAUCAAGAUCGCCACGAAAC